GCAGGCAGGAAACAAGAGAAAUCAUCGCGCCACAGAGAGGAAAAACAGAGAAGAAAAUAUUGAUGAAUUGACGAUGAGAAUCAACAGCUCUCCAAGAUGGGCAUAUUUUUUGCAGUGCGGCUAAUGCUGAAGUCAUUCUCCGUCUCAUACAACAGCAGCCAAGGACACGAGAGCAUCAGCAGAGAGAGGGGGAAGAGGAGAGAGAAAGGUGCUUCCUCUCGCCAUUGCGAUCACCGUCUAGCUGCUGUACCGAUGUUGGUGUAAAAAGCUGCUCACACUGGAGGCGAAAGGAGCGGCAUAGGAGCGGGGAAUUUAACUUCACACACGGACAAACCUAUGCUUGGAUUUCGGCUUUUUCCCCUUCGCCAAUGCAAAAGGAAAUAUGCAGCGAAGCCUCACCAUCCUCUACACCAGUUUACUGGGGAUAUGCUUGGGUUCAAGCUCAAGUUUUCCAAGUAACAUCAAUAUAGGAGGAUUGUUCCCAACAGAAUCUCACGAAUAUGAGGUUUUUCGUUUCGCCCUCUCACACCACCAGGACAUCCCCAAACUGGUGCCGCAGGUGGAUAUGGUCAAAAUGGGGAAUAGCUUUUCCAUGACAUAUGCCUUUUGCUCCCAGUUCUCCAAAGGUGUGUAUGCCAUCAUUGGCCUGUAUGACAGGAAGACGGUCAACAUGCUCAUGUCCUUCUGCGGAGCGCUGCAUGUCUGCUUCGUCACACCUUCCUUCCCCAUCGAGACGGCCAACCAGUUCGUCAUCCAGCUGAGGCCCGAGCUGCAGGAUGCUCUGGUGGGAGUGAUCGACCACUACGGGUGGACCAAGUUUGUCUACAUGUACAGUUCUGACUCAGGCCUUUCGGUGCUGCAGAAGGUUCUGGACACGGCAGCGGAGAGGAACUGGCUGGUGACCUCAGUCAAUGUGGAAACCAUGACGGAGGCCUCCUUUUUGAAAGUGUUCCAGGACCUGGAUAAGAGGAAGGAGGGCCAGAUUAUCAUCGACUGUGAGACUGAGAGGCUCACCGGCAUCCUUAAAAAGAUUGUUGAACAAGGCAAGAAUGCAAAGAGCUACCACUACAUCCUGGCUAACCUGGGUUUCCUGGACAUUGACCUGACAGAUCUGAGGAAAGGAGGGGCGAACAUUACCGGCUUCCAGCUCGUCAACAACUCCGAGCCGGUUGUCAGCCGUGUCGUCCAGCAGUGGCUCGAGUUUGACAACAAAGACUCCAAAGUGCCCAAAAGCGGACUUAAAUACACAGGCGCUCUAACAUAUGAUGGGGUGAAAGUCAUGUCAACAGCCUUCCAGAAUCUGAGGAGACAGAGGAUAGACAUAUCUCGCAGGGGCAACGCUGGAGAAUGUCUUGCCAACCCACCGGCUCCCUGGGGACAGGGCAUCGACAUCCAGAGAGCCCUGCAGCAGGUCCGUAUAGAUGGAUUGACUGGCCACAUUCAGUUCAACGAGAAAGGCCGCAGAACAAACUACACUGUAAGCAUCAUGGAGCUGGCCCCCUCCGGACCAAAGAAGGUCGGUUACUGGAACGAAGAUGAGAAGUACGUGACUACAGCCAGCUUCGUGAGAGGCAGCAACGAGACCUACGGCCUGCAGAACAGGACUUACAUCGUCACCACCAUCCUGGAAUCUCCAUACGUGAUGCUGAAGAAGAACCAUGAGCAGCUUGUGGGAAACGAUAAGUACGAGGGCUACAUCGUGGAGCUGGCUGCAGAGAUAGCCAAACAUGUGGGCUACCAGUACAAGCUGAAGGUCGUAUCAGACGGCAAAUAUGGAGCCAGAGAUCCUGAAACCAAGAUGUGGAAUGGCAUGGUGGGAGAGCUGGUGUAUGGGAAAGCAGACGUGGCUGUGGCUCCUCUGACCAUCACCCUGGUCCGUGAAGAAGUGAUCGACUUCUCCAAGCCCUUCAUGUCCCUGGGUAUCUCCAUCAUGAUCAAGAAACCCACCAAAUCCAAACCUGGCGUCUUUUCCUUCUUGGACCCCCUGGCUUACGAGAUCUGGAUGUGCAUCGUGUUCGCCUACAUCGGCGUCAGUGUCGUCCUGUUCCUGGUCAGUCGGUUCAGCCCGUACGAGUGGCAUGCAGAGGACUACGAGGAGGGGGGCGAGCCGCAGACACCCACCCAGGCUUCAGCCUCCAAUGGGGUGCAACAGGGCCAGACUCAAACACAGCAGAACACCAAUCAGCAGAGUCAAGAGCAGACCAAUGAGUUUGGCAUCUUCAACUCCCUUUGGUUCUCGUUGGGCGCCUUCAUGCAGCAGGGCUGUGACAUCUCACCACGAUCUCUGUCUGGCCGAAUCGUUGGAGGCGUCUGGUGGUUCUUCACCCUCAUCAUCAUCUCAUCCUAUACUGCCAACCUGGCUGCCUUCCUGACCGUGGAGAGGAUGGUGUCUCCCAUCGAGAGUGCUGAGGAUUUGGCCAAGCAGACUGAGAUCGCCUAUGGGACAUUGGACGCCGGCUCGACCAAAGAAUUCUUCAGGAGGUCUAAGAUCGCUGUGUUCGAGAAGAUGUGGUCCUACAUGAAGGCGGCCGACCCGUCCGUGUUUGUGAAGACCACGGACGAGGGCGUGAUGCGAGUCAGGAAGUCUAAAGGGAAGUAUGCCUACCUGCUGGAGUCCACCAUGAACGAGUACAUCGAGCAGAGGAAACCCUGCGACACCAUGAAGGUGGGAGGAAACCUCGACUCCAAAGGUUACGGCAUCGCCACACCCAAGGGCUCCCCCCUCAGAAACCCAGUUAACCUGGCAGUGUUAAAACUGAACGAGCAGGGCCUCUUGGACAAAUUGAAAAACAAGUGGUGGUACGACAAGGGAGAGUGCGGCAGCGGGGGCGGGGACUCCAAGGACAAGACGAGCGCUCUGAGCCUCAGCAACGUGGCGGGCGUCUUCUACAUUCUGAUCGGCGGCCUGGGCCUGGCCAUGCUGGUGGCGCUGGUGGAGUUCUGCUACAAGUCCCGGACCGAGUCGCGCCGAAUGAAGCAAUCCAUCAACGACGCCAUGCACUGCUCCACCCUGACCCGAAUGAGUGGCAACGGGAACGGCGGAGAGAACGGACGAAUCCUCACCCACGACUUCCCCAAGACGGUUCAGACGCUGCCCUGCAUGAGCCACACCGCCAGCAUGGGACUGGGGGCCUCUGGCAUGUGAUCUAUCAUGUGACUGUGCUGGCGGCAAUGGUAAUCGGCAGGGUGGGGCAGGAAAAAAAAGAGCGCAAGUGACUCUUAAAUGACCUCACACAUCAUCAUGGCUGUCCGGUUUGACCCAUCUCUCUUCUCCUGGCUGUUGAGGGCGCCCAACUUGAACAAGACUUAAUUUACUGCCAAAAUGCACUCUCUAAAAGCUCCGCAAACAACAAAACGGAGACUCGCAAACGUUUUUUUUUUACUCAAAGGAUGGAAAAAAAGAGAUAUUGAGGGAAAAAAAAGGAGGGAAUGUGCUGCAAUAAAGAAGCUGUCAACGGGGCGUGUUUUUGAAUUUUUUACAGUGUUCAUUUGUGUGGGGGAGAAAAAAAAAAGAACUCUAUUCUUCAGUGUGACACCUGCGCUGCGCCAUUUUCCACGGAGCUGUUGACAUUAGUCUGCGUGUGCAAUAUCUUCUCCUUCACUGCUGAUUAUGUACUACCUAGAUGCUUCUGAAGGCCGAGGGGGGGGGGGCGUGUCUUUGCACAGAUGCGGCUGAGGAGGACAAACACACAGGACUGCUCCCAUGGUUUGAUAUUGUUUUGGUAUAAUUCCUGCUCUCUCUUUCACUCCCACAUUUACCCACCAUUUUGGAAAGACUGAGUUCUCUGUGUAGCAUAGACGGUUUUUAUGAGUAGUUCAUGGUCUACACUGUUUUCAUAGAGCUUUGUCAAAAGUACUUUGAUUUGGUUUUUUCCCUGGAUUGAAGGCUGUUUUAAUCAGUGGUUGAACAGACAAACGUGCAUUGCUGCUACACCUCAUUCAACACACCAUGCCUUGUCUUUGUGCCAUACAACCAUUCUCACAAACACACACAAACACUACACACUUGUUGAUGCUGGGUCAGAAGUUUGAAAACCAGAUCCAUACAGAGUUUAAGUAAUUGAUUUGAGGGCAGAGUCAGAGAUGCCCGCUCUAACCUGUGUGAGGCUCGACUACACACCGACACAUUAUGUACAGUACUGAGUGACCUUACACUGUAUUCUACUGUUGUGACAUUCAUAGCAUAUCCAUUUAUAUACGACGGAGUCUAUUUGCAGCACGUGCUUAAGAAAAAAGACGGAAUCGUUCAGAUACAGUCUGGAGAAACUCUCUUUCAACCUUUUUGUCAGAGCCAUUGCUCCUGUGCUCUAUUUUCAGCUGUGCUCAGUUUGAAUGAAAUAAGACAACGCAGCUAUUGCUCUCAGUUCAUUGAGAGUGGCAUAUUCCCUGCAGAUCGUGUGUGGCCUAUAAAAGGAAAGUUGACCUCCUCUUGGUGAUGCUCGCGAGCUUAGGGAAGGAGGUGGAGUCGGAGGACUCGGUGUGACUGACAGAUUCACACCCACUAUCUUCUGUGUUUAUUGGAAGUCAAGGUUGCGGCUUGUCCUUGCACAAAGCGGCUGUGGACUUCUCCCUUUCUAGGUCAUGGAAAUCAGAGAGGCAGGCCUUGGACAGGAGAGGGCAGACAGUCUGGGUUCUGCAUUGAGGCCUUAAAGGAAAAUCCCACCUUAACGCAUCUCAAUACUAUGAACUCUAAAGGCUUGUUGGUGAUGUUCUCUGCAUUUCCAAGUCUUUUUUUAGUAGUUAAGUGAGUGAUGUGUUCAUGACUGACAACAGCAGAAAUCUAAAUACAUGUUGUAAUUCAGAACCAAAGACAAAGAAAUAGGCUGGCAUGAUUAUGUGUUUUUCUUAUUGCUAACAAAUCCUUUGAAAGGACAACAAAGCUGUCAUCCCCCCCUCGACUGUAAACCUUAAAAACCGACUAUAUCAGCCCCUUAGAAUGAGCAAAAGAUUCCUAUUUAAUGCAAAUAUUUUGACUGCUUUUCAAACUGUUUUUCAAUUUCACGUACAG